UGCAUUCUCAAUCCGCAGUUAGAUUAUGACUCUCGUCUCGUGUAUAUAAACCCUACCCUAGGCAUCGAACUUUCUCUCACUCUCAUCCUCUUCUUCUUCUUCAGUCAACGAGUUCACUACUACCCUUGUAACUUCCACUCCGUCCACUUUGACACCCUCAAAUAACACACGAGCAUCAUCUUUCCAACCUCAGCUGCUUGAUAUACAGCUCCAUCCACCAAAAUGCCCAAAACCGAGAUGACAAAGUCCGAUUCUUCGCGAAUCCAGUCUUCACAGGCCAAGGGCGGCGGUGACAUGAGCUCUGGAGGCUUCGCAGCUCGUGCCCAGUCGGCCGGAGACAGAUCGUCUGCUUCGCAGACAUCCGGGGGUUCGGGUUUCUCUAGCAGCACCUCGGGUUCCAACCAGUCCAGCACUAGAUCUGGUGCCUCUUCGGGAUCAAAGAAGUAAAGUCAACUAUGAGGUUCUAGGCGGACUUGGACUCGACCAUUAAGUUAGGGCAGGAACGAAGGCACAGUGUCCAAGCUUUGUCCGAAUGAGUUGAGAUGGAAUUAGGUUAGGGACGCCUGUCCGUUGGGCUGGAGCGUACCCGGGUUAUCAAUCUAUGUAUUUUAGCUAGGCCCGGAGAAUCCAGAUCAUUCUUCACA